AUGCCGCCGCCGUCGCAGGCGCCGAUCGCCAGCACGGGACUACCGCCGCCGUCGCUGCUGUCGGCGGCCGCGUCGAGUUCUGUCGCUGGAUCCAGUGCGCUCGUGUCGUCGUACUUACUGAAGCAGAGCGCCGGCAAGUGGAAGCGCAAGCGCUGGAACCAGCGGUGGGUCGUCUUGGACCCGGACAAGGGCGUGCUCCGCUACUUUCGCUACGCGUCGCCGCUCGUGUCGCUGGCCUUGCGACAGGACGCCCACGGGGUCCUCUCGCUCAAGCACAAGGGCGUCUCGCUCGUGGUGCAGGGCGGCGACGUGUCCGCUGGGGUCCCUACGCCCUUUUGCUUUUCGAUUCUGCACGGCGACGACGGACAGCAAGAAGUGCGCCUGUGCGCCGACUCGGACGUGGAGUUCCGGCGGUGGACGACGGCCAUUGCAGCAGUUAUUGCUCCGUCGAGCACCGGUCGAGUGAACCCACGCGACACGAGACGAGCGCCAUUGGCUGGUGCAACUCAGACGGCUGUGUCCGUGUCAGGUGGUGCGACAGUGUCCCCGCGACCAUGUGUAAACGCAGUGGCAGACGACGAGCAGGUCGUUGAGACGAUGAAUGACGUUGAGGGAGCGAUGGGGAACGAGGCAAAGCCGAAGCAAGUGCUCGAGCAGAUGUGCACUGUCCUUCGUAGCAACAGAACAAUGCUGCUCGCGCUGAAUCCGACCGUUGUACUUGUACGAUACAUGAGCAUAUCGACGUGGUGUCUCGCUGCUCUCGUGGCGAACGCGGUGGCUGUAUGGUUGCUGUGGUAUCGAAAAGUGGACCCUCGCAAGGACUGUCCGUUUUCACGGACGUCGUCACGGACGUUAGCGGAUACAGAUGCUGGUGAUAGUGGUGGUGCAGAAGACAAGCCACGUACGAAGCUGGCGGUUAGUAGCACGAAUCUCCAGCAAACCUCCAGUAGCAGCUUAUUGUCGAAGCGCGCAACGUUCUUGGGUAAAAUCGAUGGCAUGAAACCGUCAGCAGGAGCCUCGCUAAAGAUGGGCUCCGCUGCAAUGACCGAAAGCGCGACCGGCUGCUGGGCGCAUGUUGAUGCGACUCGUUUCGAUGUUCGCCAAGGCCCAAACUAUCGCAAGACGAAACUAAAAGCCGCAUCGACAUCUGCUUUAUUGGAACUCGUUGCCGUCGAUGUCUACCAGUCCGAUGUCAAGGUCGACAAUAUUGGAAGCAUCGUCAAUCUCAGCGUACUGAAACCUGCUACAGGAGACUUGGAUUUGUUCAUCGUGAAUUGCCAAGUUCCUUCGUACCAGCCGCCAAAUCCGCUAUGGGGCGAGAAACAGAGCGAUGGUGUAGGCUUCAACUUUGUGACAUAUUUUGCGGUUCCUCCAGCUAUCCGAGAAAUGCUCGAUAGCGCAGCGGAACCGCCGCUGCAGGCUGUUCGUUUGCUGAAAGACUUCAUGCAACCAAAUAGCUGGGCGAGCGAGCGGUUCAAGGCGAUUGGAGUUGUGGCGAACCCUCAGGAACAGCAGUUGGGACGGGCGGAACGUCACUUGCUUGAAACUUACAACGGUCAGCCGAUUCUCACGCGGCCUCAGCACCAGUUCUACCGUGGAGACGGCUACUUUGAGGUCGACGUGAAUGCACACGACUUCAACUACAUUGCACGCAAGGGACUCGUGGGGAUUUCGAGUCAUGCUUGCAACAUGGUUCUGGACUUUGGCUUUGUACUGGAAGGACAGGACGACCACGAGUUACCAGAACAAAUCCUGGGUUGCGUGCGGCUCUGCAAGGUUGACGUGUGUAGCGUCCCAAGUCUGUCUUAG